CGAUCAUUACUACUAUAAAAUUAUCAGUGUCGUUCUAUUUUGUGCCGGAGUAAAAAAUCAGUAAUUAAAAAAUUUCCAGCGAGCGUUGAAAUAAAAAAUUUAGAAAAAUUUUUUACAUAAUAAUAAUGAAGUUUGUUAAUUUAAAUUUAAUAUAUUUAUUAUUUUUAAUAAUAAAAAUAAAUGGAGCAAGAGGAGAUGGAAAAGCAGCAACGAAUUCUGAAUUAUAUUCAGAAUUUAUGAAUGAAAUCGAAUCGAAAACGCAACGCAAUUGUAGUGUAUACGAUUUUCUAUUGACGGAUGACCAAAAGAAUCAGAAGUUGAAGGGACUCAUGAACGAUAUGAAGGAAAUGAUGAUUAAGAACGAAUUAGUUGAAAUGGAAACGAGCGAAUUUCCUGGGAAAGUUAUUAUUGAAAGAUUGAAUGACUAUGAGUGGAACCGAAGAGAAAUAUCUUUUGAACUGAUAAACAAGAUGACGAAAAUAAGAAACUACUGGAAGGCAAUUGACAAUUACGCGAUUUAUAAUUAUGAUGGAAGUGAUCCGAGGAUGGGGGAUCCUCUUUGCGCUAACAUGGACAUGAAGUUUGACUGGAAGUCUAGAGUCGAUGUAAAUUUACGUGAAGGAGAUAUUAAUGUAGUUUAUUCUGAUUUUGUGAAACUUGUUAAAAACAAAAUGGAGAAAUAUGCUACUAAAAACAAUCUAUGUGAGAUAAAAUCAACCAUAGAAGACAGUCUUAUCGAAUUUAUACAUCGAGGAUUGAAAUCUCACAUUCAGCGAUUUAUUGUUGCUGCCUUUAAACUGUCUGUUACUUCCUUAUGUCGUAAUAAGUGCAUCAAUAAUGAAAUAAACCAAAUGAAAAAAAUUUUAAUAAAAAAUCUUGACGAUUUUGAUUAUUUGAUAGAAUUAAUGACGAACGAUUAUUUGAAUUUCAAAGAAAAAUGUCAGUCGAAAACAUUAAUUCCUAAACCGACACCACCUGGCGAUUAUAUUGAAUUAGAAAAAAUGUAUCAGGCGAUAAUAAUAAAUGAAAAAGAUUUAUCUGACGGGUCAUGUUCCCACGAUUGUAAUCUUCAGCGAAUUUUCCAAGUUAAUAAAAAUACCGAGUGUAAAAAAUUUGAAUAUUGUGUUUAUGUUUCUCCAAAACUAGAUAUUUGCAAAUCGAAUGACGGCAAACGCCGCUACGAAUGGUUCGGAGAUAAUGACAAUGCAUUGAAAUUUGGUGACAAUACAGUUUGCAACGGAGAAUUUACGUCAGUUAGCAGGACAUUCAAUUCGUGGCCAUACUACUCUGAGGCUUGUGAUUACUGUGUGUGUUCAUGUGUCGCUAAACCCAAACAUGAUGAUCAUGUGAUUACGGCGAUGAGUUUCAGGAGGCAGGUUUCGGACACAGCUAAUAACAGAGUUGUCGUAGGAGUGAAAUUCGUUAAAAAAGACUACAUGGUCCAUCUCCAAAUAGCCGAAGCGAAAUUGUUGCCGUACGGAAAAAUCGAUCAGUCAUCAGUAGCAUGGAAACCGCUUGAAGACUUCGAUUACAACGAGGACGAAAAAAAGUUCUACGUAAAAUCAUACUACGGAAACACGAAGUCCCUCUUGCUGGGAAAAGAUUACGGUCAUCCUUCGGUAGUUAAUCUUGACGAUCUAAAGGUGUCCAAAGACUACAUCGUCACUGGAGUGAGAUUCCACUACGCCGACUCGCUCGAUUGUCGCAUCUCCCAACAGUGUGCCAUCGAGUUGCAGAUCCAAAUCAGACGAUUCGAUUUUCCAACCGGUCGCAUUUCCGAGUUCUACAAGCCGUCUUGGGUUUCGGCUGGCGCCCAAAACAGACAUGAGUUGGUCCUCGAGGAACCGGACAACCCACUCAAGUCAUCAGCAAACAACCAACUGUCCACCCCUAAUCAGUUUAUCAGAUUCCGCCCCUCAGACCUUCGCAAGGACGCUGGACAAUCUACUGUACCUUUUUUGGAUGCUUCUGAAGUCAUAGGUAGCCCUCUGGUUCCUCUCCAAGGACUCGGACUCUAUCACCGUGGCAGCAAAGGCUUCGGGGGAUUCUUGGCUCUGAGAUCUGUCCCUCUGAACUUGUACCAAUACCCAGUCGGUGAAAAAACGAAUUUCCAUCCACGUCCUACGUCCCCAGAUUACGAUUGCAACAUCGCCGAUGCAAUCAAGGAAAUGGUCCAAUUUCCCGCCAAAGUAGCUAACGAUUUUUUGGAUAAUUUGGAUGAUUAUUCUUUUUAAUUUUUAUAUAUAUAUAUAUAUCAAUUUAUUAAAUGUUAUUCCUUGUAUAAA